UUUCGGUCGGUCAACACGUGGGGAGGAGAGAAAGACACACACGCACACACACCGAGCUGAGGGACACGGCGGGGCUGUGCUGGGCCCACAGAACGAAACGGUCAUUGAGCUUUAUCAUUACGGGUGUGCGGUUCACGGUGGCGGCGAGGAGGACGUACAGACACGGUAAUUGAAGCAGCUAGAAAAGUGAGCUGAAACUGUGUGAAGUUAAAAGGAAUCCUGACUGGAGUUGUAGCUAGGGUCCACAGGAGAUGCCGCUGAGGUUCCGUUCCAUUGUCCCAUACAUAUUUCCUGGAGUGGUAGCGCUCAUAGGCUGGUGGUGGUACACCUCACGCAAGAAAGAGUGGAUCACUGGCCACAACAGCGAGGAGGGACAAGCCAUGGGCUUGUUGGCUUCUCCUGGUGAGAGCAGCAAUGGGAUAGUGGAUAAGGACUGUCAAGCCAUCAGCGUUAGACAUGGAAGAACCAGUCAAGAAAGACCUAAGGCCAAAGAGCAGAGGCCUGCUGAGCAGGAGGUUGUAGCACAGGUUCAUGCACCUGCAACAAAGGCCUCAUCAGGAGAACCUCUUAGCUCGUCUGCAAUAGUGGAAGCAUCUGGCAAGCUUGACUCCUCUCACAGCAAAGCAACUACAGACUCCCUGCAGAGCAGCCCUGAGGCAUUCAGGCAAAAGCCCCCAGUUCCAACCUCAACCUCGUCAAAUGUAGUAGAGAAAACUUCUCAUAAGAGACCCGUGGCAGCUGCUUUAAGCGACAAGUCAAGACAGUUGCCCACAGUUGGAGAGCUGGACUCAGUUAGGCAGCUUCAGGAUCAAACGGCCAACAAACAGGAACUUGACACUAAGGAAAUAUCACCUGCUGUACCCUGGAGUGCGGAGCUACCCAAAGCAGAGCGCCCGGAACCUGAAGGAGGGGUGGCUGACGACAUAUUGGCUGUGGCUUUUGCUGAGAAUGUCCAAGCAGACUUGGUGAAAGACAGCCUUUCUUCCACCAAAGAUGACUUGCCCCCCAAAACACUCACAGUUCUAGAUCAGUGUGCUCAAGCUGUAUUCCAGCAUUCUUUUCUCACAGAGAGCCCUGUGGUUUCUGCUUCAUUUCCCCUCUCUGCCAGCACCCCUGUCUCUGAUAACUCUAUCGAAGCCAAGCACCAUGAGAACGGAGAUGUAAGUGAGUCAGCUAAGACCAGCAAUAGCAUGGAGGAACUUCACCGGCUGGCUACUGGGCUCAUCACUCAGGUCAUCACAGCGGCUACACAGGAGGUCAUGGCGGUGAGCAGCUGUGAAGCCUCAGUGGCAACUAGCAGCAUCACACCCACUUUUAAUGGAAAGGACAUAAUGAGGGAAGAGGAACACCGUGAAUCUCAGGUGUGCCCCUCUUCUCAAAGCCAAGCAAAUCACGUAGAGCAGCGGACAGCACAGACUGCAGAGGAUGUCAUCAAUGGCUGCCUUGUCCCCUCAGUCUGGGAGAAGUCGGAGGAUGAGCGGCAGUGUACAUUGUCCUCUCAGCGACAGUUGGAAUCAAUCCCGGUGUUGCCCAAGAUUCAGGCUGAGGAGGCCGUAACCGGAACAGAAGAUUCUGGGUGUAGCACGUGCCAGUCGGAGGAUGGCAUCAGCAGUGAGGACCUUCUCCUCAGCACGGGUUUGUCUUCAACCGUGCCUGAGCGCAAAGAGGACCUUAUUCAAAUUUCAGGGAUCUCCAGGAGUUCAGAAGAAAAGGAAGAUGGACUGCAGGAGAGUUCUGAUUUAACAGGUCUGGAAGAGCCAACGCUGACUGCAGAGCACGUGGCUGCUGUGUGUGAGGUGGCACGACUGAACGGGGCAGGACUCAGGAACGGAACCAGUGAAGCAGAGGCUGACCAGUCGGGAGGUUCGGAUGUGAACAGUAUGGAUUCAGUUGACAGCUGCUCCACCUUGGGGACAGGAGAUGGCCAGCAGAGUGGUAGCCAGUCCAGCCAAUCACAGAGUUCUGAGUUGAUUGUGUGGGAGAUAGAGGUGCCAAAGCAUCUAGUUGGUAGACUAAUUGGCAAACAAGGGAGGUACGUGAGCUUUCUGAAGCAGAGCUCUGGUGCAAAGAUCUACAUUUCCACCCUGCCUUACACUCAAGAGUUUCAGAUCUGCCAUAUAGAAGGCACCCAGCAGCAAGUAGAUAAAGCACUGGCAUUGAUUGGUAAAAAGUUCAAAGACUUGGACCUGACCAACUUGUAUGCUCCCCCACCACUGCCACUCUCACUGCCCUCGCUGCCCAUGACGUCCUGGCUCCUUCUUCCUAAUGGUGUAACGGUGGAAGUUAUUGUGGUCAAUAUUGUCUCAGCUGGCCACGUGUUUGUCCAGCAACACACCCACCCUACAUAUCAUGCCCUGCGCAGCCUGGACCAGCAGAUGUUCCUGUGCUACUCCCAGCCUGGCACCCCCGCCCUGCCAUCUCCAGCCGAAGUUGGUGUGAUCUGUGCAGCUCCCGCAGUUGAUGGCGCAUGGUGGCGAGCGCAGGUGAUCUCGUUCUACAAGGAUUCUAACGAAGUGGAGAUCCGAUACGUGGACUACGGCGGCUAUGACCGAGUGAAGAUUGAUACUCUUCGUCAGAUUAGGUCGGACUUUGUGACAUUACCAUUCCAAGGAACAGAAGUUUUACUGGACAACAUAGCCCCUCUUCCUGGAGAGGAUCGAUUUUCAACUGAAGCCACCUCUGCUUUAGAAGAAAUGACACGUGGGGUACCAUUGCUUGCACAGGUGACAAACUAUGACAAUAACACAGGCCUUCCGUUAGUACAAAUGUGGAACAUGGUUGGAGAUGACCUGGUGCAGCUGAACCGCACUUUGGCAGAACGAGGCUUUGCCACCUGGGUGGACAGUUUCUGAUCCAUCUGAUCCCCUCCCCCUGUCCCAUCCUCUUAUCACCUGCUCACCCCUUUUAUCUUGUCUUGGUGUGCAGGAUUGACCUGAGUCCUCCCUCCUACCCGUAACACCCUCCUACCUGAAGUGCACAUCACUGGCUAAGGGGAGAUGUACUUUUCAGUUCUAUUUUUGAGGUUUUAUUUUGUUUCCUCCCUUUCAACGUAAUGUACUGUAUUUAAAAAUACAGCCAGGUUUUAUUCAGAGAAAAUCCUGUAAGACAUGAAUGAGGAAAAUCUCUUCAUUGUUCUUCUAAAUGUAAAGAAAUCUUAAAAAGAAUUGUAACUAAAUUAAAGUUGAUCAUGUUUUCCGUCCAACCAGACUCCUUCCAGCACAAAUCUGACUGUGGAUAGUUAUGCCAUGGAUGUAAAAGUGUAAUUAUAUGAAGAAAAUAAUGUACAUUAAAAAUAUAACUAUGGUGCCGUCAACACUCAACGUUGGUAACAUUUGAAAGGACUGUCAAAUAUUCGGCUUGGGACUGAUCUUGUGCAUACUUCAGUUUUCAUAGCUUUGUCUCAGUAGUUUAUGUGCUUAUGAGUUAUUUUAUGAUGGUGGUGGUUCAAUAUGGCUGGCUGCUUGUGGGAAAUCGUAACCAGAGUGCUGUCCUCCACCCCAAAUGCUUCUGCACAUUCAGUGUGUAGAACAGGACGUGUCCAUGUCACGAGAGGGGAGACCUACCACUGCUCCACAGAUCCUGUCUGAUCUUCCACCCCAACUUCUGUCUGUACAGCAUUGUGGCCUUAGGGGGGGAAACAUGACCCCUACCCCCCCAACACACUCGCUCUGUGAGACCUGUCCUGCAAAUUGCCUUUGGUGUGAAUAGGCCUGGUGUCACGUGUCAUCUCAAAAUGCAGCUUCUUACUGUAGCCCAUUAUACAUGGAGGCGCUCUACGACUUUCUCUGUAGGACAUUUCUGAUCUUGUUCCUCUCCAUGUAUCUGGAGGAAUACACUAAGGGAUUGAGUUGCGCUUCACUUGAACUACAUGGCCUCACUACAUGUUUUUCCUGACCAGCGGAACGCUUCAACUGCUGGUCAGAUGGGACUUUGAAAACAGAACACUAUGUCUGAGAGUGGGCCUCUGUUUUGGAUAGGUGGAUUGCAUAUAGUAGGAGUCUGUGUGUCUAUUGUAUGCAUGCAAUCCUGUUCAGAGCACACCUUUUGGCCUAGUCCUCUGUUGGUCCACCCAGAAGUCCACAGUUUGCUAUAUGUAGUGUGGCUAACUGCCUGCAAGUAUUGCUUUAAUGAUGCCAGAGGCAGUUUUAUCACUCCUCAUUUGGAGUCCAUAAAUCUAAAUGGUUAUUGUGGUCAGUAGCCAUCUUCUACACAUUCUGUGAACUGUUGGUUAGAAAAUCCACCCUGAGCAUAAACUCUGUGUUACAAGUGGCACAUGAGAUGGCACAAGUUAGAAGUGCUCACAGUGGGUUUGUUGUGGAAGACGAAAGCUUUAAGAAGCCUCCCUCAGCUUUUUUUCCCCUUUUGUUGGGUUUGACUUUGGAAAUUACAGUUACAAUGUACUUGAUUGCAGUACCUAUAAUUUGUCAUUUGUAAACCUUUUUCGUUUGCUUUAUUUUUUUUUUGUUUGGUUUUAUUUUUUUGUAAGUUAAUUAAUCAUGGUCUGUAUUGCAUUUGGGUAUACGACUUUCUUGGCCAGGACUCAUUCACCCAGUUUUCUGCUGCUACCCCACUUUUGUUCACCUAACAUUGAACUUUGGCAAUUCAAAACCUGAUUGGGCUUUUUCCACCCAUUUUGAUUUGGUCUGUUGGGGUUCUUUUGGGCGAGCACUACUUUCCACUAGGGUUAUAGUCCCAUACGGUUGCCUGUGUGCUGCUAGUAUUCUCUGCAUUCAGAGAAUCGCCCUUUAGCUCCCAUUGGGGUCGGCUCAUAUCACGGCUUGAAUAACUGAAUAAUUAAACAAUUAUUAUAUAAGAGCAUUUUAUCACCACAUGUCGAUUUUCAACCUAAGAACUUUUCAGGAUUAAGACAGAAAACUUGAAUUUACUCUUUUCAUUAUUUUUUCUUUUACUAUAGGAAUGCAGGUUACUCCCGUGAACUGUAAAGAAUGCAUAAUGUAAUGAAACUUACUGACAUGUAAACUCCUUAUAAACACUUGUAAAAUGGUGAACUGCGGAGGGAAAUGCACUUUUCUACACUACUUGUUGCAGUGUCCUGACUUUGUGAAAGCUAUAAGGACUGUAAUAUCUUUGUUGAGUCUCAGGAAUGGGCUUUCACUCCUGUCUGCUCCAUGUCUGCUGUGUUUAGUGUAUUGUCUAAAUCAGUGGUAACGUGUCUGUGUUGGACAUAGAGGUACUAAACGGCCUACUUAAUGGUGUUCAGCCUCUUCUCAGCCUCUGAAAGGGUGUCUACCUGUGUUAAGCAGGCAAAUAGAUAGGGAACCACAGUGACCCAAACUCAGAAACUAUGGACUGUGUUUUGGUGUCUGUUUUUAUUGGUGUACUCCUCGAUUUACAAGUUCAUAGUUCAUUGUAGAAUUGCAAUCACUGAUUGCUGCAUCAAUACUGCAAUACUGUCAGCUCACAUCCUCAAUUCAGACAGUUUCUGUUAAAGGGUAGUCUGAUAUCUCCACCUCACUUUCCCCGCAAUGCUUCAUCAAACUCUUUCUUGACUUGUCUGGGUUUGUGUAAAUAAGAUUUCACUGUACUUUUGUAUAACACUGGGGAGAGUGUAGGAAACAAAGGGAACAUUUUUUUUCUUUUUCACCCCUUUCCAAAAUCUGCUCCUUGUUCUCUGUUGGUAGGACUGGUUUGAAGUGUUUCCCUAGCUAGUUGAUUAAUCAUUUGAUUUAAGUGAGUGUAAGCAAUGCUGCCCACAGCAUAGACAUGUACAGGUCUGUUUUUGCUAGACUCAUAAAGGUUUGAUUUUUUUUUUUUUUGGUUGUACAGGUCUAUUAAAAAUGAGAAUAAAGUUAUUAAAACAUGCUCA